UGAGCUGAGUCAAAUGAUCUGAUUCACUGUAAAGAGCCGGAAUUCCCGUGACUAGCUUGCUCUCGCGUUUAAUAGGCUGCUGAACGUAAUGAAAUCAAUCAUUUGUCCUUUGAGAGUGUGAAAGACGCAGGCAGGUGUGUGGAGAAGAUCACUUCCGGAACAAGGAAGAGAAAGCGAGAGAGAGAGAGAGAGACAUGGAGAACCCUUCUGGCACUCCACCAAACUUCUCCUGGGUGGAUGUUAAUAAAGUGGCAGGACUGGCCUGGCCCUCCAGCCCAGCUCAUUACCGCUUCUUACUGGAGAAGGGGAUUAAACACCUGGUGUGUUUGUGUGAAUCCAAACCGCCGGCUUAUGAGAGCUGUCCGGAUCUCAAACUGCACCACAUCGCCAUGGUGGACUUCACUGCACCGAGUCUGAGCCAAAUCCAGACCUUUAUCUCCGUCACUGAACACGCCAACGCAGGACAGGCGGUUGCGGUGCACUGUAAACACGGCCUCGGCCGCACCGGAACCAUGCUGGCCUGCUACCUGCUGAAGACGAGGAAGAUGUCCGGAGCGGAGGCGAUUAAAACCAUCCGGGCGCUUCGCCCGGGAUCCAUCGAGACGCGCGAGCAGGAGCGAGCCGUGCUGGAGUUUCAGAAGUACCUCCAGGAGAGUUGUGAAACCACGGUGUUAAAAUAAAUGUACUGUAUUGUUUUUUGAGUUUAACCGACUUCACGUUAACGAGCACAAACCGAAUCCUUCUCUCUGUAUCACAGGUUUCUCAGAAGUGCAGGCCCAUGUAUAUACAGACCAUGACGCAGGGUGUGUCUACGAAACACAAGCGGGUUCUGUUGUCCAAAUACCGAAUAAUCUCAGUCAUGCUCAAGCGUGUGUGUGUGUGUGUGCGCCUUCUGUUCUCACUGGACGAGAGGAGAAAUAUAACUCUUACAUUCCACACCCUCUGUAUGGUUAGGCAGCGUAAAGCAAAAUUCUAAACACUUCAGUUAAGGGCCAGUGCUUGUAAGGCUACAUGACAAUUGACAAAGCUACAUAGACUUUUAUUAAGGCUUGUUCCAGCACGGUCCGAUGAUCUAGACUUCUCAUCGGUUUUUAUAAGAGUGACGUAACACCUUAAGUCAACACAAACGUCAAAUACCUCCGGUCUCAGGUCAGAUUCUGUUGGAAUAAGGCUUAGUUGUUAUGUAGCCUUAGUAACAGUCGAUCACCUACAUUUUAUAUAUACAUACUCAUGUGAAAAAAUAAGUGCACCCCAUGGAAAGGUUUAAAAAAAAAAUAAUAAUAAUUUGAUCCUCUUUGAAACUGCCUAUUAAUAAUGGUGAUACACUCCUAUUUGACACACACUGUCUCUCUCUCUCUAUCUAUCUCUCUAUAUCCAUCUCUAUAUCUAUAUAUCUAUAUAUCUAUCUAUCUCUAUCUAUCUAUCUAUAUCUAUCUCCCUCUCUCUCUCUACAUAUCUCUCUCUCUCUAUCUCACACACUCAAAUAAUUUAGGAUAAUUAAUACAAAAGUUUAUACUGUAUCCCGCUGGAUUCUGAUUGGCCAGAGGUUGUAUAACAGCCGACGCAAAUGACUGGUUUAUAUUAAUGCGCUCGUUCUAAUCCAUUAUAGUUUGUAUAGUAACCGCUCACACGGGGACUCGUACAGCGGACGCGCCACAUAAACAGGAUGAACAACGUGCAACAAAAACAUGCAGGUGACGAUGGGAAGUUUUUCUGUAAGGAGACCAUUAACAUUUAUGGAAGGAGUCUCCAAUGUCAGCACUUUGUAAUGACAUUUUAUGCCACAGGGACGUUUUCAGGAUCGAGGUGUGUGUACGUGUGUGGGGGCUUUUAUUUUGUAACAGGAGGAAAAGAGAGGCUGGUGAGGGAACGACCGGUUACAGCUGUUAUAAUGUAAACGGAUGAAAUAAAACUGGUUAUUUAAAUUGUAGUCAUUGGCAAACUGCUGGGAUACGAGCCUCGUCACACACCCCCUUUGUUGAUGAUUUUCCUAGAACGUGUAUAUCCCCGAAGUGUUUUAUUCCUGUCUCACUAUACAGGUCUAUAAGUCAUGUGUUUCACCCUUACAAACAGUACAGCUUUUUAUUUUUUUUUUUUAUUUGUAAAAUCUGAAUUUAUUUAUGAUUUACAAAAAGCCUAACAUGUAACAACCAUUAAAAUGAAAUCAAACGAACUCUUCCUGAACCUAAAAUGAUAAACAUAUGAGUGUGUAUACAUGUCAGUUUACAUUUUCUGAAGCAGAAAUAAAUGGUGAAGGAAUAUCGACACGAAAGUGUUAUGCAUUGGUUCAAUUUACAAAGUUUGUGUAUUCUUGGAGGGGAAAGAAAAAAAAAAACCCCAAACAAUCCAGAAACAAAAUAAUUUACACAUACACCAGCGAGUCCCGAGUGUCAAUGGAGAUCUACAACCACAUGUUCAACUUUAACUCCACUACUGUGUGGUCAAGGGAAAUGAAGAUGAAUUCGGUUAUAAUGACGUUAGAACAUCAGGGCUGGUCUGAAAACAAAUAAAAGAAAGAAGAAGAAAAAAAAAAUAAUAAAAGAUGAAAUAAUCCUUUUUUUUUUUGUUUUUUUUUGCGUUUUCGUCCAUUUAUAACCCGCGUGGCUCAGACUUUGUGGAGUUCAAAAAGAAAUACCUGCGAAAGCAAGGUUCGUCUCAUUCCCUUUCACUUCUUCAACCUCAACUCGACUAUCACACGUCACUUCACUUCCAUCAAAUCCUUUUCAUCAUCAUAAAAAACUAAAAGAGGGAAAAUAGAAAACUAUUAUAAUAGAAACUAUUAUAAUAGAAAAAUAUAAAACUGAAACGUUCACUCUCUCUGGGGAAUUAUAAUACAAACACAAACCUCCUCGUCUCCAUCCUGAAGCCAGACGGAGACCGACGUUCGGCGGGAUUCGUCAACUCUGCCUAAGUGUUAAAACGUUUACAGGGACGAGUCCGUGUGGAUGAACGAACGUGCGAAUGACCUGUAACGACCUCGCUCUUUUACAUUUCUGUACUGGGAGACGGGAAACUUUCAGAAAAGGGGAGGGGAAAAAUAAAGAAUAAAGCGCGGAAGUUCGCAGAUAAAACACCACCAUAAAACGUCCCACGUUACGAUCAGUGAUAUUUAAAAAAAUAAAAUAUGAAGAGAGCGUGUCGCUUUUUUUUUUUUUUUUUUUUCCCCCUCCCCCUUUCUUUCAGAAUGAACAUUUCACAAACCAAAAAUAUGCCAUUUCAAAUUCAGCAUUAACAUCAUUAAAAGAUUUGUACAGUGCUUUAUUAUAUAUCCGAUACGCUGGAGGGAAAAAUCACGCAGAAUUGUCUCGCAACGCUAAAAUUAUACUCACUGGUCCAGUUAUGCCAUACAAAUCAAAAUGAAUUUGGAAAAAGAAAAAAAAAGAAAAGAAAAGAAAAA